AUCAAACUCACUGCUGCUGUUUCUUAUCUCCUUGUGUCGCCGCUUCUGCCACCGGUUAAUCAAUUCUUGACGCUGUUUUCGAAGAUGUCGCUUGAUGCAAGUGCGCAGACAUCAUCGGCACCUGGGCAAGGGAAACAGGGACAGAUACCCUGUCCCAAGCCAGCCGAUCAACUGUGUGCGCAUGAGACAUUGGCUAUCUUCGGCGACGAGGACACAUUCACGGAGCCGGCCAUUUCUGGAGAGAACAUGGUGUCGAGGCUCAGGCGAGACAGGCUAUCCGGGACUGGGUGUGUCAGAUGUCGACAUCUUGAUAAGAUGGCUGAGGUUUGCGUGAUAGAGUGCCAACCAGAUGGUGGAUUAUCUCUCCCUCUUCACAUGCAGGGCAGGGAGUCGAUUCCGACCAGCGUCCAUCUUGAGGGCAUUUCAGCUGCAUUUUGCAUGAUCCUGUAUGGCUACGGUGUCUUUGCAGUGAUGGGUGAUGUCCCUUUGGUCUUUACUCGUUCAUCGGCGAGACCACUAACACCCAUGACGCAAGACGUUCCGCUCUGCUGGGAUAUGAUGUUUUGUUGCAAAACUCUCGAGAAGCUUGUGAACCAAGGUCGCCAUCUUAGGUCCAAUUUAGCGCAGUUCCCGAUCCGGCUGGAUCUGACACCGGACGAUUGUGGGGGUAUGAUAUCACCGGAUGUAUGGGCCAUCGGAUGGAGGAAUCGCCAUCGCACACAUACUUUGACAAUUGUACAAAUGCCGAUCGGGGAUCCGGACAUGGGGUGUUCAUCGAUGAUGAUAAAGAUGGAAGAUGAAGAGUGGUUCUAG